UUUUUACUUCCUUUUAUCGAUGACACACAUCAUAUACGUACCAAAUAAUAUUAUUGCUUUUUUUCCAUGUGCUGCCAGUCGCUCUUCAUAGAUGGUGUUGUUCCUCACAGGUCGUGAAGGCAGCAUUCCGGCACUCGGCACCGAGUGCGGACAGGUAGUUCAGUUCAGGAAGUCGUUCGUCACACUUUCACUUUUACCGGAGUUCGACAGGGUUGAGAACGACAGGCCUUUCACAUCGAUGUUCGAACCCUGUCAACAUGAGGGUCUGUCGCGCUGUUUUCCUCUUCAUGUUUGUCGGUGUUUCGUCCUCGGUGCGGGUCAGAGGGAAGCCGCCCCUCAGAUGCUCUCAGCCGAAUUUGACAUGCGAAGUCAACAUAAGUAACUGCAUGGACCGAGGCUGGUUGAAGAAGUACAAUUACACUCCUGGAAGUCCAGAGGAACUGAAAGUGGAUGUGGUCUUCAGGAAGGACGAGGAGACUGGACACCUUCAGUCUGUUCUCCUGGCCAGCUGGAAGCUCAGAGAUGAUGGCAGCACCGCGUACCUCACCGCCACGGAGCUCCACGUGUUGGUGAAAGCCACUAAUGAGCACCUCUGCGUUCGAUAUUCCUUCAAGAAACAACUUCCUAUGCAGAACAAGGACGGGAAAAAGUGGUCCUUCUCUGCUGACAUGCUGGUGCUGGACCCGGGUGAAUACCAAAUAUCUGUCUUCAACAUCCCCAAACCGGAACUGAAUCACAGCAGUUACAACGUUUUCAAAGAUGUGGUCGUCCCAGACUGCAUGAACGGCGAGAUGCGCAAGACCUGGUUCUGCAUCCAGCGAGGAAGCUUGUGGCAGCCGAACAUCAGCAUGAGCCUUGAGCCAGGACGAUCACAGCUGACCGUCACUUUUGCGCCGGACGCGUUGUGUGAAAAAUACAUUGUUAUUUUCAUGUGCGGUACCUAUCAUUUCAAAGAGCCGGUGAACAAGGGCAACGAAACAACUCUGAAGGCAACGUUCAGUCUGAGUAAAUGUCCAAGGCACAGCUGCGACUUCAACGUCUCGUUAAAACCCCUGUUCCCAUUGUGUGGUCAAGACUGUGACCGUCGCAGUUCAACGUUAAAUACAUGCACACGAGCAGGCAAGUCAGGAGAUGUGGCAGCUUAUACGUUCCUCAUGCCGGGGGUGGUGGUGGCAGCGGUGGUGGCGGUGGUGUGUGUCGCCCUGGUAACCAUCAUCUGCAUCUACUGCAAGAGACGAGGUAACCAUCACAACACCACGCUAAGCGUAUUAGAAGAAAAGCCAACGCAGCAGACCCUCAAAGAAGCACCCAAAGUGCUGGUCAUCUACUCGCAGGACCACCGUCUCUACAGGGACGUUGUCCUGAAGCUGUGCGCCUUCCUCCAGGCCAAGUGUGGCACUCAGGUCCUGGUGGACCUCCUGGACACCACCUCGGUGGGCCUGGUGGGUCGCCUCCGUUGGCUUGAGUGGCAGCGGCAACAGAUGACAAACCCUUCUGACAAAGUCCUGGUCCUCUGCUCCCGAGGAGUCCAGGCCAAGUGGAGAGCCAUGUGUGGCUGCGAGCGGAUCAUGCUGAGGGAAGAUGUUCUCUCCCCCACCGACGACAUGCUGACCCCCUUCCUCAACCUCUUCCUGCCUGACAUGCAUCUGGCCGGCAUGCAGGGUAAGUACAUGGUCGCGUACUUCGAAGACAUCUGCGGCGAACACGACAUACCGUCUGUGUUCGAGAUAACCGUGAAGUACAAGCUGAUGAAGCAUUUCGAGGACUUGUACUUCCGCAUCCUGGACAUGGAGAAGUACCAGCCACAUCAAGUGAACCACAUCCAGGGCAUUGGUGCCGACGAGUAUUUCCACUGUCCCUCGGGUGCAGCUCUGAGGCAGGCCAUCGAAACCUUCCGCGUCUACCAGGUGGAACACCCGGACUGGUUUGAGAAGGAGUGCGUCAACAGCGAAGAGGAGGUCUUGACCCAUGCUGACCAACUUGUCGAAGGCCUAAAUUUCCCACCAGUGCUGGAGUGCCUUCCUUUGAUGAAAGGUGGACUUCCUGUCCUCCAGAACGAGGUAGAAAUCUGUCAAAAGGAAAACAGGCUGCAGGUGGUCACCCCGCUGGUCAACCUAGAUGGUCAGCAGUCAUCGGUGGCCGAGAUUAUCGUGCACCCGUCCUGUGACUCGAACUUGGAACGUGGUCUCAUGAACCACCUGCAUCCGCACACUUCUUGUCCAACACCGACCCAGGCGGCUCUGGCUCUUAUCCCACCCCCGUACUUGGUCAACCACGACGUGAGGAGUAAAGUUCCUGUUGAGGAUGACGAAACUGACUUCCUUCUGCCUGUCAGUCAACAGUUGUGUCCCUCAGACCUCCGGAGCUCUGGGUCAAACAGCCAACAUUCAUCCUGCGAAAAGACAGACUAUAAUCCUCCAUCUCAGGAGGCCAAGCCAGAAGAGAUGGAAGAGCUUGAGAUUCUGGUGCCUCCGAAAGGCCUUAACAGUGAAUCUGACCAUGGCUACCAGUCCAGGAUGUCCUUCCAGGAUGAAGCUUAUCUCGGGGUCGAUCCACUGGCGGCUCUUGCAAAGUUGCAGGAGGAGCUGUUUGUGAACAGCUUUGAUCCUUGUGACAGUGAAUGAGUGGAGCAACUUCACUGUGUAACUGAAGACUGUGGUUGAGAUUCCAACUUCCCAAAUGUGUUACUGAGGUUCCAUGUACAUAACUUGAAUGAAUCAUUCAUAUUAAUGUAUAUUAAUAAUUCUAGUUUACAGACAAGAACCUAUCCACUUACCGUCCAGUGGUUUCACCAUCAUCUUCUAAGCAUGGUGUACGCUGCAGGAAGUUAGGCGUCUUGUAGGCAAACUGUGGGAUGACCUUUAUGGCAACACCUAGGGGGUAGCUGCUGCACUAGGCCCAAAGCGUCGUGAACUGCCUGGAACUAAUGCAGUGCAUCUGAGCAUUCUCAGUAGGAGUCAUUGUCUGUCUUUGUGUUGGUCUGAAGGGGGCUGCAUAAAGUUCACUGUGGAUUAGUGUCUCGCAAAAGGGUGUGUCUUGGGGCCACAUACGUGUUCAGUUUCUGGGUCUUUCCGUUUCCUGUAUCCUCUGUCAAGGCUGUGGUUCUGUUUGGGUCUGACUUUUUAUGGUCUUCGUCUGGGUCUUUUUUAGGUCUGGCGACAAUCUCGCUUGGUAUUGGCCUUUGACAGGGUGUAACUCUGGGUCCAGGGUUAGUAGUGGCCAGUCAUAAUGUGUUGUCACUUCCUCUCAUCACCUCAGAAUCUGUUGGCCAGCACAUCGGUCCCCAUCCUGGGACUGGUUUAAUGACAUCACUCUCAACAAUAAACUCAGCCCCGCGGCCCGGUGGUUGGGGACCUAUGGCACAUACUGUACGUUUCAUCCAUUGGAUUUCACAGGCCAAGUGGAGCGAAUGCAGAAUUAGAAUUAUUUAGAGUUGUGCUGUAGAGAUACAUUUAGAAAUAAACAGUUAUUUCAAAGGAUCUUUGUCAUUUAAAAUUUGCUUGUGUGAACACCCAGUUUUGUCUCAAUAAGCAUGUGUUUAGCCCCGCCUGUUAUUGUUUUUUUCAACAAUGUGAAGCCAAAACCUCUACGUUUUGACAGUGCUGUAUGUAGGCAAGUGAAGUCUAGGGCCUGUCCAUGACUCCGAAUGUAAAAAAGGUAUAUACUUUUACGUAUAAUCACAUGAACAUUGUGACGUGCAAUUUCACAUCAAAGAUUUUCCAGAUAAAUUGAGAUAGAUCUUUGGUAGAAGAGUUUGUACAUCACAGUCACAAUCGGAAGUACAGUAUGUUGAAUCAACCUAUGUGUGUGUGUGUGUGUAUGUGGGUACAAGCUUUUUGGUUUUAAAGGUUUUGAAGUCCGUAACACUGCCCAUCGUGGAGGAGAGGACUUUGUAGAGAAGUUUAAAUUGUUCUUACUGACUGCAUUGAUACAAUUGUUGUUGUGUUUGUUGGAAUAAAAAAAAUGUGGAAUGGGGCUUGGAGAAGCGUUUAUAACCUCGCGAAUAAUAAGUUAUUAUCACAAUAUAAAAGUUCUUUAUAUCAAGUGACGCAUGGUCCGCCGUUUUUGAUGCUGAAAAGCCAUGUAGCGGAACGAAUCAUGACAUUCUAAACUGAAAGACUUCUUUUAUAUUUUACAAAUAGAUGCAUGGAUGGAUGGUGUUUGACCAUGUAUUACUGUGGAACAUAUGAAGGUAAUCAUAAUAACAUAAGAACAAGAGAGAAUACUGAAAUAUAUUUACUUUAUACUCACAUAUAAUCUAUAUUACAUGAAUCCAAAUUCAUUUAAGUGUGAAGAAUUGUGAGAAUUGCAUGAAAAUGAACUGUAAAAUAAUGAUAAAACAUUCAGAUAUUGUGGGAAACUGAAGGGAACGUAAUGUAAAUGAUUUA